GUGACACCGGAAGUGCUAGUCAGAGGCAAAGAAAGAUGGCGAACUUCGUGGAGGCGACGAGCCAGCGGCAGUUUGAAGACAUUCUCGCCAAAGCGGGGCCAUGCCUGACCGUGGUGCACUUCCAGGCGGCCUGGGCCCCGCAGUGCGAGCACAUGAACGAGGUGAUGGCCGAGCUGGCCAAGCAGCACCCGCACGCCACCUUCGUGAGGCUGGAGGCGGAGGCGGUGCCGGAGGUGUCGGAGAAGCAUGAGAUCUCCUCGGUGCCCACCUUCCUGUUCUUCAAGGCCGGGGAGCGGGUGGACAGCCUGGACGGGGCCCAUGCUCCGGAGCUGACCAAGAAGGUGCAGCGGCUGGCGGGGAGCGGGAGCCGGGCCGGGGCGGCGGCGGAGGACAGCGGCCCCGCGGAGCUGGAGCAGCGGCUGAAGAAGCUCAUCAACGCGGCGCCCUGCAUGCUCUUCAUGAAGGGCUCGUCCCAGGAGCCCCGCUGCGGCUUCAGCCGGCAGAUCGUGGGCCUGCUGAAGAGCCACAACGUCCAGUUCAGCAGCUUCGACAUCCUGUCCGACGAGGAGGUGCGACAGGGGCUGAAGGUCUUCUCCAACUGGCCCACCUUCCCGCAGCUGUACGCGAACGGGGAGCUGGUGGGAGGACUGGACAUCGUGAAGGAGCUGGCCGAGUCCGGGGAGCUGGAGAACACCUGCCCCAAGGCCGCCACCCCGGAGCACCGGCUGAAGAGCGUCAUCAACCAGAGCCCGGUGAUGCUGUUCAUGAAGGGCAACAAGGAGGAGGCCCGGUGCGGCUUCAGCAGGCAGAUCCUGGAGCUCAUGAACGGCGCCGGGGUGGAUUAUGACACCUUCGACAUCCUGCAGGACGAGGAGGUGAGGCAGGGUCUGAAGACUUAUUCCAACUGGCCCACCUACCCCCAGCUCUACGUGAAGGGAGAGCUGAUCGGAGGCUUGGACAUAGUCAAGGAGCUGAAGGAGAGCGGAGAGCUGGUGUCGGUUCUGAAGGGGGAGUCCUAGGAUGGCAUCAGGGAGAGGGCGAGAAGAAGAGGUCACCACGGAGGUCACCACACCGGCCUCCUGGCACUGAUGCCAAACUCCAGGAGCACCAGGAAGAGAGAGACAAUUUAUAUAAUAGAGAUACCAGUAGUAAAUAAAGAAAUAACUCACAUAAUCGCAGUUGGAGAUGUGACUUGGAGUAAUUCCAAAACACAUUUUGAGAAAUGUUUAAACUGACACUCGAGUGGUGGUGGCAGCGCUUGGCCUUAUUUUAUAAAUCCCUGCAUUUCCUUUCUGUCAGUCACUGGGGAAACAGACGACUUCAGUGGAUUUGUCGAGCCUCACACUUAACAACAGGUUUAUGUUGUGUAUGUGGCCCUCUGGUUUAGGUUUAAAUGCAAAGUCCACAUGCACUGGUUUGUUCAGCGUUAACAUUAUGAUUAAAAAGUUAAAAAAACAUCA